UACUCAGAAAGUGCUCAGAUAUCCGAGGCUGUAGCAGAAAGUACAUUAUCUGAGACAGGAUCCUGAUUUUUUCCAAGACGGCUCCAAGAAGUGCAGCAGGAGAAUAAAUAAUUGAAGUAAUGAGGUGUCUGCGCUUUUAGAAAAAGUUUUAAAAUAUCUAUUUGGAAUUAACGAAUAGCCGACAGUACUGGAAAGAAAAAGUGUUUAACAGACAGCUGCACUUUUACCACUUGGCACACUUUAUAGCCUUGGAGUGGCAUUUUAUUUUAUUUUUUGGAAAAGUGAAUUAUUAUUACAACAUUUUCACCAUGUCAGCAGUGAAAGUCGAACUGGAUAAUCUUUCUUUAGGAGAAAUUGAGUGUGAGAAUGACUUCAAAUCCAAUUUUAUUGUUGAAAACACCAGUGAAGCAGAUGUCGAUUACUUUGAACCUGAAAAUAUGUCUUCAAGCUGUAAUCCCCCUGGCAUGUUUAAAAGUAAGAGUGGGACGGACAAAGAGCACCAGCUGAAACCAUCGAGGAGAAGCAUGCCAUGUUUAGCCCAGAGCCAAACACACCCUCAGCAUCUCAACAAGCAGUCAUCGGUACACCAGCAGAAUAAAGUCCAGCCUCAGCCUGUUAGUGAGGGAUCUGCAGCAAUCGAUGUAGAGCAACAGAGAGAUUCUACAAAAGACACUUACACCGACGAGUCGGAACAUGGAACCUACGACUGCCGCACCGAUCAAUCUCUGCUCAUUCAGCACGAACUUGACAGGCAAAAACAAACCUCGCGGAAAUCUCAAAAGUGUAAGGAAGAGUCGGUGAACAGAGAAAAACAAAUCUUUGAAAGAGUCCCAGCUCACACAAAUGAAAUGAAUUCCGUUGCAUCCCUUGGCCUGUUUUUUAAAGACGGCAUCAAGCGUAUUGAUUACAUUUUGGUCUAUAAGAAAUCGAGUCCACAGAUUGAGAAACGCAGUACAUUUGAGAAGAACCUGAGAGCCGAGGGGUUAAUGUUGGAAAGAGAAAAUUCUAUAACCAACAACGACAUUAUGUUUGUUAAAGUCCACUGUCCUUGGGAUACAUUGUGCAAAUACGCUGAGAGGAUGAACAUCAGAAUGCCUUUUAGGAAAAAAUGUUAUUACACUGACUGGAGGAGCAGAACCAUGGGCAGUUUGCAGAGGAAUAUGAGACAGCUUAAAAGCUGGCUGCCUAGGAACCCGAUGAAGCUGGACAAAGAGGCCCUUCCAGAUCUCGAAGAUACAGAUUGUUAUACAGCUCCAUUCAGCCGGGCUCGCAUGCACCAUUUCACCAUUAACAACAAAGACACAUUCUUCAGUAACUCCACCAGAAGUCGGAUUGUACAUAACAUAUUGCAGAGAACAAAAUAUGAAGAUGGAAAAUCCAAAAUGGGCAUAAACAGAUUGCUCGGUAACGGGACAUAUGAAGCCGCAUUUCCACCACAUGAGGGGAGCCACAAGAGCAGACACCCCAUCAAAACCCACGGUGCCCAAAACCACAGACACCUACUGUAUGAGCGGUGGGCUCGCUGGGGAAUGUGGUACAAGUAUCAGCCUCUGGAUUUAAUCAGGAGGUACUUUGGUGAGAAGAUCGGCUUGUAUUUCGCAUGGUUGGGCUGGUACACGGGGAUGCUGAUCCCUGCUGCUCUUGUCGGAUUGUUUGUCUUCCUCUAUGGAUUAUUCACCAUGGACUCCAGUCAAGUGAGCAAAGAGAUCUGUGAAGCGAAUGACACUAUCAUGUGUCCGAUGUGUGAAAAGAACUGCACGCUGCAGAGGCUGAAUGAGAGCUGCGUAUAUGCAAAGGUCACUCACUUAUUUGACAAUGGAGGCACAGUGUUCUUUGCUAUUUUCAUGGCAAUAUGGGCUACAGUCUUCCUUGAAUUCUGGAAGAGGCGGAGGGCUGUACUUACCUAUGACUGGGAUCUCAUUGACUGGGAAGAUGAAGAGGAAGAAUUGCGUCCACAGUUCGAAGCAAAGUAUUCCAAACUGGAACGAGUAAACCCAAUUACUGGCAAACCUGAACCUUUCCAGCCUUUCAGCGACAAGCUCAGCCGACUCAUGGUGUCUGUAUCAGGAAUAUUCUUUAUGAUAUCGCUGGUGCUGACAGCAGUCUUUGCAGUGGUUGUAUACAGACUAGUCGCCAUGGAACAGUUUGCAUCACUGAACUGGCAUUUUAUUAAGAAGUACUGGCAAUUUGCAACAUCGGGCACUGGGGUCUGCAUAAACUUCAUGAUCAUCAUGUCGCUUAAUGUUGUUUACGAAAAAGUUGCUUAUUGGCUCACAAACUUAGAGCACCCGAGAACCGACUCUGAGUGGGAAAACAGUUUUGCUUUGAAAAUGUUCCUCUUCCAGUUUGUCAACUUAAAUAGCUCAAUAUUUUACAUUGCCUUCUUCCUCGGCAGGUUUGCAGGGAGGCCCGGUAAAUAUAACCGACUAUUCCAAAGAUGGAGGUUGGAAGAGUGCCAUCCGAGUGGCUGUCUUAUAGACCUCUGCUUACAAAUGGGAGUUAUCAUGGUUUUGAAACAAAUGUGGAAUAACUUCAUGGAACUUGGAUAUCCGUUACUGCAAAACUGGUGGUCUCGAAGGAAAAUCAAGAAAGGUGGACAGUCUGUAGAAAGUAAAAUAACCAUUCCACAGUGGGAAAAGGAUUGGAACCUGCAGCCGAUGAACGCUCAUGGGCUGAUGGAAGAGUACUUAGAAAUGGUUAUACAGUUUGGAUUUACAACGAUAUUUGUAGCUGCCUUUCCACUGGCUCCUCUCCUGGCAUUGCUAAAUAACAUAAUUGAGAUAAGACUGGAUGCCUACAAGUUUGUUACACAAUGGAGAAGACCAAUGCCAGCCAGAGCCACUGAUAUAGGUAUCUGGUAUGGCAUUUUGGAAGGAAUUGGUGUUGUAGCUGUCAUCACUAAUGCAUUUGUCAUUGCGAUCACUUCCGAUUAUAUCCCUCGCUUUGUGUAUGCCUUCAAGUACGGCCCCUGCUUGGAUGAAGGAUACAGACAUGAGAAAUGCCUAAGAGGUUAUGUGAACAGUAGCUUAUCAAUAUUUGAUCUAAAUGAACUUGGUGAAGGAUAUACUGGGUAUUGCAGAUACCGGGAUUAUCGGGCACCGCCUUGGAGCACAACUCCCUAUGAGUUCACCCUGCAGUUUUGGCAUGUUCUGGCCGCCAGGCUAGCAUUCAUUAUAGUUUUUGAGCACCUUGUGUUUGGAAUCAAGUCCUUCAUUGCUUACCUCAUCCCUGAUAUGCCAAAAGACCUGUGUGAUCGAAUGAGGCGAGAAAAAUACCUGGUCCAGGAGAUGAUGUACGAAGCGGAACUGGAACAUUUACAGCGGGAAAGGAAAAAGAACGGAAAACACUAUAACCAUGAAUGGCCUUAAGUGACACCAAAGGGAAAGUCAUUGCACUUGAAAAAAUUUCCCCUUGAGCUAAAAAGGGGGAAAGGGUCAAAAACAUCAGUCUCUUUUUUAUAUUCACCCUUGUAAAUAAUAUUAUAUGCAUACAUGUAUACAAUGCAAAACUGAACAUAUGCAUAUAGAUUAUAUAUAUCCUGUAUAAUAACAGUCUAAUGCUGCUCCUCACCUCUGUGGGGGGAAUUCAAGUGUUUUGCACGUCUGCGGCCACUAGAUUGCAAACAACGGAGCAAUUCAAGUGUUGCUCCAUUCCGGCGCGCACAGCCGCCGGCGCUGAAAAUACUGUUAUGUUGUUCAGUCAUUGUGUUGUAUACACAGUAGUGUGCAAAAGUUUUAGGCAGAUGUGGAAAAAAUGCUGCAAAGUAAGAAUGCUUUCAAAAAUAGAAGCGUUAUAAGUUUAUUUUUGUCAAAAUGCAAAGUUAAUAAACUGAAGAGAAAUCAAAAUCAAAUCAAUAUUUGAUGUGACCACCCUUUACUUUCAUAACAGC